GGCUGUACGGUCCGGUCCGGUUAAAUUGGACCAAAUUGAUCCGGUCCCAGUCUGGUCUUUUCAGGAAUAUAAGGACCAAAGAUUGAAUUGGAUACAGUCCGGUCUUGAUCUGGUCCGAUCUUCACCCGGUCCGGUCCUAAUUUGAUCUUGAUUUUAGGUGUUGGGGGUCUCUUAUCCGGUCUUUAUCCGGGUUUUUUUUACCUCAAAUCUAAGUUCAAAUAUGAGAUUGGAUUGUUUGCUAUCCGGUCCCAGUCCGGUCUCGGUCCGGGUUAUAUGGUCCAGUUUCGGGUAAAACCAAACAGUGCGGACCAAAUAGCCAGCCCUACAUGAAGGAGCACGUAGUACAGUAGGGAUCAGAAAGUAUAAUAUACAUAAUUAACUAAAGUAUUUUACAUUUUGAUUUUGCAGAUUGAGAGAUGGAGAGUCAAACAUCUCAAAUUCCAGCCCCCGAUGUUGCUCCUACCUCAAAUCCAACCGGUAAACAUGAUCCUGCUUGGGCACAUGUUAAUCUUCAAGUGAUUGAAGGUAAAAAAGUUUUUACUUGUCUUGAAUGUAACAAGAUUGUCAGAGGGGGAGGGAUUCAUAGAAUGAAAGAACACUUAGCCGGGGUUGGUUCAAAUAUAGAGAAAUGCAUGAAGGUGUCUCAUGAUAUACGUGAGAAGAUUCGAAAAAAUCUCAAAGACUUUGAUGAUAAGAAGAAGCAAAAGGAAGCAGCAAAAAAGUAUUCCGUGAGAAUUAUGAAGAGGGACAACAUAUUGGUGAAAAAUAAACUAUUGAUGUUGAAACUCAUGUCUCACAUUCUUAUGCAAAAAGACCUUUUUUUGGAAACAUAAACUCAAGGUCGGUUGAUAGGAUUGAUGAACAUUUUGCUCCAAGAACAACUCCUGGAUCUCAACUAGGACUUAAAAGUGUAUUGGCUAGUAAGGAAAUCACCUUAAGAGCGCAUCUUGUUGUUGCUAAGUGGUUCUAUGAUGCAUGCAUUCCUUUCAAUGCAAUUCAGUCUCCUUACAUUCAACCAAUGAUUGAUGCUAUUUCUACUAUGAAUCUUGGUUUCAAAGGACCUUCUUAUAAUGAUAUAAGGGUUAAUUUGUUGGGUGAUUGUAAGAAAGAGUGUGAUUUGUUGGUUGUAAAAUUGAGAAGUGAUUGGAAAGAAUUUGGGUGCACAUUGAUGACAGAUGGUUGGACUGACCAGAGGCAGAGAAAUUUGAUUAAUUUUCUUGUCUAUUCCCCGACCGGGAUGUGCUUUGUGAAAUCUGUUGAUGCAUCCAAUAUUGUCAAGGAUGCUCAUAACAUCUCCAUGUUGUUAUCUGAUGUGAUUGAUUGGAUUGGUUCUGAAAAUGUGGUGCAUGUGGUGACUGAUAGUGCAGCAAAUAUGGUAGCAGUUGGGAGGAAGAUAACAAGCAAAUAUGGUAACAUCUACUGGUCUCCUUGUGUUGCUCAUGCUUUGAAAUUUGAUGCUGAAAGAUAUUUGCUCUCAGGGUGAAAUAGAUAACCUUGCUCAUCGUGCAUCUAGAGUGACUAUUUUUAUGUACAAUCAUCUUCCUAUGUUGAAUUGGCUGAGGAAAAGGCCUCAAUGGAAGGAGAUUGUAAGACCAGCAGCUACUCGCUUUGCUACUACAUUUAUCACUCUUCAUAGCCUGAUUGAGCAGCAGGGUCAUUUGGAAGAUUUGGUGGUGAGUGAUUUCUUUUGAGACCACAAACUCUCAAAAAUAGAGGCUGGAAAAUUAGUGAAAGCUACUAUUUUGGAUCAGAAGUUUUGGGAUGAUUGUGUGUUUAUUGUGGAAUUGGCGGGUCCAAUCAUUAAGCUGCUCCAUAUUAUGGACUCCGAUAGCAAACCAGCUUUAGGAUAUGUAUAUGAGGGGAUGAUUAGGGUGACAAAUGCAAUUAAGAAGAUGGUUGGUAAUGGUGAAGAAAAACAUAAGCUUUACAUGGAUAUUAUUGAAGAGAGAUGGGACAGACAUUUGAAUCGAGAUUUGUUCAUUGCUGCAUACUCCUUGAAUCAUGCCUUCUUCUAUUCUGCUGAGUUUGUUAAAUCCAAACAACUUCGUAAUGGUCUGUUGAAUGUUUUGGAGAAUAAGAGAAUUUGUCCCGAAACUCAAGCUUUGAUGGAUGAGUUCAAAAUAUAUGAAAACCGCUCAGGAAGUUUUGGGCGUGAAUCUUCUUUGCAGUCUACAAAAACUAUGCAACCAGGUAAUUUCUAACUACCAUAAUUCAUAUUAAUCUAUUUAGUCAUUCUUUAUAAUUGAAAAAUUGAAACUAAUGAAGGGCUUUAGUUUGUUUGAUAGCUACUGAGAAUCUUAAUUGCACAUUUACAUCAAUUUAAUCUUUUCAUGUACACGUUGAUUGAGUAAAACAAAUAGGUGUUCAUUUUGCUAGAAGUUAUUAUAAUAAAAAGUAGUCCCUAUGACAUGUGGUUGGAUCUGGAUGUGAAUUGCUUGGAAAUUCACUUUUUAAUGGAUUGUAUCCUUGCCCAAAUGGAACUGGACAUUGUCGGCAAUCAUUUUUGCCCCUCCAAAAUGCAGCUCAAUUGAACACUGAACAGUAAGAGACUAUUUAACCAAAUUGAAAUUUACUUGUAUAUUUCAUAGCUAUCUGGUGGGGAUGGUAUGGCUUUGAUGCUCCAAGGUUGCAAAAGAUAGUCGUUCGACUGCUCAGUCAAACUGCGGCUUCCUCGGGAUGUGGGCAAAACUGGAGUGUUUUUGAACGAAUUCAUACCAAGCGAAAAAACAGGUUGGAGCAUGAAAGACUCAGUACUUUGGUAUAUGUCUCCUAUAACUUACGUCUUAAGCAUAGGUAUGUACAUAUAUUGAUUUGAUUUUCUUAAAGAAAAUGUACAACAUUUA